GCCGUCGCAUGACUCACCUCAACCCAUUGAAGAGUUGCUUGGACUUCUCGAGCAAGUGACAGAAUUCGUUAACUAUUUUGCGUUCCUGUUCCUCGAUCUCACUCAUAAUGGCCAUCCUUCGAGGCGCAUGCUGUCCCAAAUCUUCAGGACCUCCGGACGCAGGUCGCUUCACAUGGUCCAAGCGAUCGUAGUGCAGUGCGCUCCCUUUCUGCAUCAACGGCGGGGUCGUUCCCACCCACGCGCGCGCUCCUGGCUUGCUCCCGGAGUUUCCGGCGCUCCCACUACGCUACGAGCUAUCGGUAGGAAAAUAUAGUGGCUCUCUUCAUGAGAACAACGGGAUCCCAGUUGGAGUCCCGCGACGAGUCGGAACAGUCUGCAAGUGACGCUUGAUCAUGAGUGCCGAAGGAGAACCCGCGAUUGCGACGGAGUCCGUGCUGAGGAGGUCCGGCGAACUGCCCACGGAGGAGAAAGUGGAGGUGGAGGGCUAUGACUUUAACCAAGGUAUCGACUACGAACGGAUCCUUCAAAGCUACAGGUGCUGCGGCUUUCAAGCGACGCACUUCGAUCGGGCAGUCACCGAAAUUAACCGCAUGCUGGAGAGCCGCAGUGUGCCACUGAAGGAUGAUCAGCUGGAUCAGCACGAGACGGAUGACUUCAUACGCAGGAAAUAUGGCUGCACCAUAUUCUUGGGAUACACAUCAAACAUGGCAUCCGCUGGGAUCCGGGACAUCAUACGGUUCCUCGUGGAACAUAGCAUGGUCGACUGCAUCGUCACGACCGCCGGGGGCGUGGAGGAGGACCUGAUCAAGUGCCUUGCGCCCACCUAUGUCGGCGAUUUCAGCCUGCGGGGAGGCCCACUCCGCGACCUGGGCAUCAACCGCAUCGGCAACCUCCUGGCGCCCAACGACAACUACUGCCUCUUUGAGAACUGGAUCAUCCCCGUGCUCAACAAGAUGCUCGACGAACAGCGCAGCCGCGGAACGGUCUGGUCCCCGUCCAAGAUGAUAGAGCGGUUCGGCCUCGAGAUCGACGAUCCCCGCUCCAUCUAUUACUGGGCGGCCCGCAACAAGAUUCCCGUGUUCUGCCCCGCACUCACCGACGGCUCCCUGGGGGACAUGAUCUACUUCCACUCGUUCCGCAACCCGGGACUGGUCGUGGACAUCGCGCAAGACAUCCGCCGCCUCAACACGAUGGCCGUGAAGGCGGUCAAGUCGGGCAUGGUGAUCGUCGGAGGCGGCGUGGUCAAGCACCACAUAUGCAACAGCAACAUGAUGCGCAACGGCGCCGACUUUGCGGUCUACCUCAACACGGGUUCCGAGUUUGACGGCAGCGACUCCGGCGCUUCGCCGGACGAGGCCGUCUCCUGGGGGAAGAUCCGCAAGGACGCCCAUCCAGUCAAGGUCUGCGCGGAGGCGACGCUCGUCCUCCCGCUCUUGGUCGCGGAGACCUUCGCCAAGUGGCACUUUGCGAAACGGAACGCCGUGAAGUGAGCGGGCACAGCGGCCGUGCCGACACGCGGGUGGUGUCGGCUGUCGAGAAGCAUUUGUCGAUGAGCCUCCGAAACUUGCUGCAAAGCGCGCGCUUCUUUCUCAAUAAAAUGACGUGAGACCCAACA